AUUCUUAUCCAUUUCUUGAUCUGCUUUUCUUCUGUGAUCUGCUUGAUAUUUUAAUGAUCCCAAUUUUCUAGAACAUCGGGUUAAAGAAGUCAGUCAUAAUUUCCUUGUGCAGUAAGAAUGGACAGGACUGCAACUUAAACGCCAAACCUCUUUUGAGUAACGACUGUUUCUAAAGCUAAGGAUUGCACAACAAGGUGGGCUAAACUGUGGUUAUGGCCAGCGAUGGGUGAAUUUAACCUAAGCGAACCAUUCCUUUAUGGUUCAGCGUGUUAUAAAAAAAUAAAUAAAUUAGAAAAUGAAGUCGAAAGCCAUGGAAGUCAAGACGCCGCUUGGAGAAAGACAAAAAGUAAGCGAGGGCCACGCCCGCUUCUGGCCAACUGACAAGCAGAAGCUGCCGGGAAGUGCCGGCGCGAUCGGGGAUCGCUUGCUUUGGCCUACCAUUGCCAGCGACGCCUGCUGAGUAGCGGCGAUGGAGGGAGCGCAGGAAUCGGGAAAAGGAGACGCCACCGAGAGGCUUUCGGCUCCCGCCCCGCCGGCUGAAGAAGGGGGAAUCUCGCUGCACAAUUUUUGCGGACGUUUAGCGGAGCACCUGGUGCACUUCCACGCCAUGCGCCUGCAGGACUCGCUUUUCCUUUGGGUCGGGGAUGGGCCGGAGCUCAGCAACUUGGCGGUGGCCAUGUGCACCCCCCGCGAUUCCAUUCCGGCAUCUACCUUACUUUUUGGCAAUGCUUCUGACAACACCUCAAAUUCUUUAGCUCAAAAACUAGCCAGCAAGACUAAAAAACAGAUUUUUGUCAGCUAUAACAUUCAGAAUACCGACAGUGGCUUCAUACUGCUUGUAGAAAAUCGUAUCAAGGAGGAAAUGGCAACUUUCCCAGACAAAUUUUAGUUUGGGAUAGUUACAUAUUUUGUUUUUCUAAGAUUUUUUUUUUAAAGUCAUGAUUUUUUCUCGUUGAGUUAUAUAUUUGGGAUGGCAGAAUGCAUUCAGUUGGAUUAAGCUUUUUUUUUGAACUAAUGAAUUAAUCUACAUAUAUAAUAAAAGCAAAGGAAAAGGAAAGAAGUAUUCAGCUCCUCAAAUAUUCCUGUUGGGAAAAUAUAGUGCAGCAAUAUUUGACAGAUGUUGCCACCUACUGUUUCUGCUUGAUAUGACAUAGAUCUGUUUUGAAUUUUCUGAUCAUACGUGAUAGUUCUGUGGCAUCCAGUCAAUGAUAAAAUGAAUCUGUUCAGUGGGAAGUAUCAGAUUUGAAAUGGAUUUGUUGCAGAAUAUAUGCCCAUAGCAAACAAAGUCAAGGAAAAAGACUUAAAACUUAUAAGGGUACAGUUUUAUCAGCUUCCCUAGCAAUUUUUAACGGACUGAUAUACAAUUGGAUUGACUACUUUCCCGUUUUAUGGGCACCAGCAGUGAGCUGGCUUACAUUUUUUUUUCAGGAAAGGGGGAAACAUCUAGAAGAACAUCUGUGAGAUGAGGCAGAAAAGGAGACACUGACUCCUUCUCAGAAAAAUGAAUUUCAAUGUAUAAAGUAAAAUAGCUAGAUGUAGAUUGUAUUAUAAAGAAAACCACUUAUGCUGUCAAAUUAAAACAAUAAACCAAUAUAUACUUACCAUA